CUGGGCGGCAACGCCACGCCACGCCGGGCCACGCCGGGCUUCGCCGGGCUGCUGGCUGGGGCAGCCUUGGCCCAAAACCCAAACGCGACCAUGUGCAACUGCAGCCGACGCAGCAGUUGCAGCAGCAGGCGCAGCGCGGCGUUCUGGGGCUGCUAGAAGCAGUGCUGGAAGCAGUGGUGCCUGCUGCUGCUGCCAUACCCAUGCGUCCGCCGCCUGCGACGCCUGCGACGCCUGCGACGCCCCAUGCGCAGCGCCGGGACGGCCGGGACAGGCACCCGCCUCGGAUGCAGCAAGACGUGGCUCACUCCCAGGAGCGCAUGAGUCGUUGACUGGCGUGAUGGGGCGGGCCCAGAGCCCCAUGGAGGUCGGCUAGACCUGCCCCCGCCCCCCAGCCCCCCAGGGGGUUCCCCAGGGGGUCAGCCCCCCUCCCCCCGCGCCCCUCCGGCCUCGGAGCCUUCGGACAGCAUGGAAGCGUCCGCGGGCGACCAGGGCAGAGGGUGUAGCAGCAGGCCUUUGGCCUUUGAUAAGAUGGAGGGGCUGGUUCGGGAGAUGCAGGAUCCAGAAACAGGGGUGCCAGUACGCUGCCAAAAACUUUUUCUUACUUCAAUACCUUCCGCAUUUAUGGGUUACGAUCUGAUUGAGUGGUUGAUGGACCGGUUGAACAUCGAAGAGUCAGUAGAGGCUUUGCACAUCGGAAACUUGCUGUGCCAGUACGGGUAUUUCUUUCCCGUGAGCGACACCAAAAACCUGGUCGUGAAGGAUGACAGCUCUCUGUACCGGUUCCAAACGCCGCUGUACUGGCCGUGGCAGUCCAACAAGACCCCGGACAACGUGGAGUACGCCAUCUACCUGGUGAAGAGAACGUUACGCAACAAGCAGCGGCACGGCCUGGAGGACUACGAAAUGGAGGCACUGGCGAGUCUCAAGAAGAAUCUACAAAACAAGUGGGAGUGUAUCGUGUUGCAAGCAGACGAACAGGUUCGAAAGGCGAAAGGCAUGAAGAAGUGUGACAAGAUCGUGUUGGACUCGCAAGAGCGCGCCUUUUGGAGAGUGAACAGGCCUCCUCCCGGCUUCCUCAACUCGCUGGAGUACGUGCCCGUGCCCAGUCGCAGCAGGAGCAGCAAACCCAAGAAGCGGAGCCUGGAGGACGUACAGAGAGAGGUGGAUUUCCUCCGACGGUGCAUGGACCGGACGCGCAUCAAGAUGUCCGUGGCGCUGGAGUCGCUGAUGACCUACUGCGACCUGUUCUGCGAGUGGGACCCACUGACCACGCCGCCGCAGCCUUCCAACCCCUGGGUCAGCGAGGACCCCACCUUCUGGCUGCUCAACAGUCCCAUCGUGGAAAUCCCAACGGAGAAGCGGGUGCGGCGAUGGGCCAUCAGCAUGGAGGAACUGGUCUGCGACCCGACGGGUCUCCAAGAGUUCACCAACUACCUGCGGAAGGAAUACAGCCACGAAAACAUCCGGUUCUGGUUGGCCGUCAACGACCUACGGCGCAGUUCGCAGAAGGAGAUCCCGCAGAAAGUCAAGGAGAUCUUCAACGAGUUCCUCGCGCCGGGCGCGCCGUGCGAGGUCAACAUCGACGGCAAGACGAUGGAGCGGACGCAGCAGGAGCUGAGGACGCCGUCGCGGUUCACCUUCGACCCCGCCGCCGACCACGUGUACGCCCUGCUGCUCAAGAAGGACUGCUACCCGCGCUUCCGCCGCUCCGAGAUGUACAAGCAGCUGCUGGCGGCCGGGGUGCAGCCCAGCGCCAAGAAACGGUUUUUCAACUUCGGCGGUCCGGGAAAGAAAAAGCCAGCGAACCAGCCCCAGGCGUUGCUGCAGCAGCAGCAGUCCACCGCAGCGUCGCUGUCGCAGCAGGUACCGCAGGGUUCUUUGGCGGGCCGUCGGCGAGGGAGCGACCGUUCGCUGAGUGGUUCGGCCCACGAACUGGCCGUGGCCGGAGUCAGAGACAAGGAGCUGGGCAGAACGGUCAGCCACAGCCACUCGCAGUCCAACCUCAGCGACAUCCCGUACAGGGGAGAUCUACCAAGCCAUUCCCCAGUGUCGCCAGCGAUUUGGUCAAGUCUGGACCCUCCCGGCGGCUCCUCAGACGAGGGCCAGGGCGGCCAGGGCGGCCAGGGCGCGGGCAGGAGCCAGGCCGAUGACGUUUGCCCCUGGGACGCGGGCCCCCCCAAGGCCCUGGCCCCGGAGCAGCCCGCCCAGCCCGGCCCCGGCCCCGGCCGCAUCUCUAGGAAGAACUCCUCCCAGCUGGUCGGGGGAUCGUCCUCGGACAUCUCCAUCGCCAUCGCGGAGGUGAGGUCGGACUAUGUACCUUUAAACUGUAUCAAAGGAUUGGUUGUGAAGACUAUUAUGAGCACAAUGCAAGGAACAAUCAAGUAA